AUAGAAUUCAAUAAAGAGAAUAUUCAUGAAGGGAUGCAAAUGUAUGAAAUUGCUGGAGAAAAUGCACUGACAAAUUGGCCAGGAAUUCGAGCUGGACCAGAUCGAUACAGUUUACAUAUCAACGAGCGUAGCGCCACCGGUUCCCGUUCCCCAUCCUUGGAGAUGCCUACGGACCGAUAUGUGACCAUAUGUGCUGCAGAGGUAGCGCGUUCAUCAACAGUUAUUGGUAAGGAAUUUGACAACGAUGAAAAACACGCCAGUGGAUCUGUUCGAAUGUUGGGCGAUGAUGAGCGUGAUUUGCCAAAAAGCGAAUGGUUUCACAUCGUUCUUGCCGCUUUAGUAGUUACCAUUUGUUUUAAUAUAACCGUGCUGUCCUACAGAUAUUUCGCAAUUAUUCGACGAGAGAAACUCGACAGAAUGAAUAAGAGCAAAGAGUUGGUUACGGAGACAUGGUAUCUUGAGAAAGAGGUAAUCAAGAAAGAAGCGGAGAAUCGUCGCAGAAAGAGGGAAGCCGAGAAGAAAAACCUUGCUUGA